CAUCCGGGAAUUGUCUCCCUUUGCCAAAAAUAUCCUCAACUUAACCUUUACAGCUGUAUCAUACGGAUCCAUCUCCAAAGGUCCACUUUGUCAGAGGUGUAAGCAUUUAAACCAUGACCAAUAAUAAAAGACCCAAACAUUUGUGAGCAAAUCUAGAUGUCCUUGGAAUCUAAUACCAGUCUUGUGUAUUGCAAGUGGAAGUGCCUGGCUCCCCCCCCGAAGAUCCAUUAGUAUGGCUUCAACAUUCCCACCUUGUUCCAGGGUGUCCUUUUGGCCAGGGAUCCCUUACGGGUGGUAAUGAAAUAAAAGCAGGAAAAACUACGAAACACUCUGGUCCAAUACAGAAAUACGUCACAAAAAGCAGUCACAAUGUUGACUUACAAAGCGUUCCACAGCUGGGAACGACCCUUGGCUCGUUGGCCUUGGAUCUUGCUCGCCUAUAUCGGAGUGAGAAAGCGCCUCAAAAGUGGUCUGGGGCAAUUUCGACGAACAAGAAAGAGAGCGAACCCUUGGGGCUACACACCGAAAACAUUCUUUCAUUUAAAGACCCUCCCGGAGACCUCUUACCCUAACAAAAAUCAAUGCAUGUAGCUGCCAUUCAAAACGAUAUUGCUGCAUUGUGGAGCAAGUGUAGAAAUGUGACUGCAUAGGGCGCGCAAUUGAGAAGAAAUGCCUCCAGAGCUCCGCAUGUGAAGUGUAUUUUAGUAUUAGUACUUCGGUCUACGACGGAGUUGUCCAUCUAAAGUGGUGAUAUUUGGGGACAAGGAUCUCGAGAUUGGCCGAUAGUUGGGGAUCAUGCCUUUGUUUGGUGCCAGAAUGGUCUGUGAGACCGCCAACGUGAAGCACAUCGAGAAACACAAGAAGGAGAUGUUGGAGCGUGAAACCAAAUUAGGCGAAUGGGAAAAGGAGAAGGCUGAGAGGAUCGAUAAACUCCGCGAGCGUUCCAAUUCCUUGGCAGCAGCUAUCCAGGCUCAUUCCGACGCAAUUGAAAAGGUCCGGGCUAGUAGUUGUAGCGAUCACCAGCUUAUGCGAUCCCCGCCCAAGACCAAUCCCAUCCCUCAAAUCAACUUGGAGCGUCAUUCACAUCUAAGGAUGCAUCGAUCCGGAUCGAUUGCCACAUCAACGCCAUCCACAAGCCAACUGGCGGAUGGAUUUAGGGCAAUGCAGCUUCAAGUCAGUCCCAAGAGCCCAAUGGAAAGUCACGUGUUUAACUUCGAUCCUAUUGAGACACCACCAGGGCCUUAUAGAGGGCCUUCAUCCUACCCGACAUCAGCCUCUGGGUCGCGAGGACACUCGGGUGCUUCGUCGCCCUGUUUUCACCUGUCGCCAUUGAAAGAAAUGAUUCCAAAGAGUGCCUUCCGCGACAAAACUCCACCCACGAGUCCUUGCUCGUCUCGAAAAAACAGUGCUUCUUAACUAAAUGGGCAAGCAAGAAUAGAAAGGGGUAAAUGGCAAACCGGUUUGGCCUUACUACAAAUGUCAUCUCUUUUAUCUCAUCUUCACAUUCCCUCAGCUUUUGACAAAUUCUCAUUCCAAUAAUUGCUGCAAUAUUUACUCUGAGAUUUCCAAUGUUUGCUAUUACAAUCUUCGCAAUAGUUUUAAAAUGAUUUGAGUCUGAUCGCUAAAUAAAGGUCACGAGUCCGGUAAAAAGCCAUUGUUGAUCUUUCCUAUGAAACCAAGGAGGGCAAUCACUUCGUA